AUGACAGUAGAGGUUAUCGGGGAUGUCCAGCACAAGGUUAGCGGGCUCACGGCUCAUACCAGUAUCAUUCUGCGCCGAAAUCCCGAAAUUCGCACGGUUAUUUUCCCUCCACCAUCACCAUCGACAUCCCACAAGUCUUCCAGUUCUAUCACAUCUUGUAGGAAACCUCAGUCAUUCGUUUCAGCUCUGCAAAAGUCUAUGGAUUCCGGGUAUGAAGCAUCCAAUGAUGUAACAAAGGCGCCGUCAAUCAUGGUGCAGGAUGCGCACUCUCGAGGCCAAGCACGACCUAGCUUCACAUGUGGGACUCCUCUGUUCUCAUCCCCGAAGAAGGAAGAAGGGGUGAACUACUGGGAAAGGGUUCUCGCGCCGGUUUGGAAGAAAGACAAGGCUCAAUGCGAUGCUUGGAAGGAUGAGGUUCAGAACCUUUUGAUUUUCGCAGGUCUAUUCUCGGCUGUUGUUACAGCGUUCAUCGUCGAAUCGCACAAGAACUUGCAGCAAGAUCCCAACGAGACUGUAGUUGCCCUGCUGGCUCGAAUUGUCACUCAGCUGGAGCGGCAGUCGAACGGAUCUUCCCCAGUGCCCACCAGCGACCCUGACCCCACAUCCAUACCUUUCACACCAAGUCCGUCCUCUGUCCGAGUCAACGCGUUCUGGUUUCUGAGCCUCGUUCUCAGCCUCACCACUGUUCUGAUCGGAAUCAUCUCUCUCCAGUGGAUACGGGAACACCAAUCAUACCCGGAACAUUUUUCGCCAGAGCAAAUAUUCACUGUACUGCACCUUAGGACACGAAUGUUGCGCGAGUGGCGUGUCUCAGCAUUCUUCAAGGCUCUUCCCAUUCUCCUGGAACUCGCUCUCAUGUUAUUCUUCAUUGGACUCGCUGACUUCCUCGGAGCGUUGAAGAUCCUCGAGGUCAUCAUCCCUGUUUCUCUUAUACUCACGUUAACACUGGCAUUCCUCAUCUUGACAACAGCCCUGCCGACAUUCCACGUACUAGCCCUUUCCUUCAAAAAGGCACGACCCGGCAACAGUCCCCCAGUUCCUUGUCCAUACAAGUCCCCUCAAGCACAGAUAUUCCACUCUUCUUUCACCCUCCUCUUUUCUGCCGUCCCCUCAUUAACAAACUGGAUCAAAUUCCACGGUUCGCAGAUGAGAUCUCGUUCCUUUUUUGACAACUUCAUGGAUCCAGGCGCUCUCAAUUGGACGGCUCUUGAUCUUAGAUGGAUGUUGCUCCGCCGAUAUAACUUUUCCUCUUUCUUCGGGGGUCCGUACGAACUGACUCCUUAUCGUUACGAUUGGGAUUUGGAGGAUCGCUGGCGGCGCGGGGCAAUAUACGACCGCAUCGACGCUUUAGACCAACUUGCGCGGCGGUAUCACUCCAGCCUCGACAUCAAAGAGGCAGGAUACCACUGCUUCGUCGACUCGAUAACUGAUCUACCUAACACCUCAAUACGGAAAGACAUCUCCGCUAUGCACCGCGCUGAGUUAUUGUCAUCGCUUGCGAAAUUCCUUCAGCAUACAAGAUCAAGACCUCCCGAGCUGGUCGACAUAUCGUCAGAUCUGGCUUUUACCCAUGACGUGGCCAUCCUCGAGUUUAUUGGCGUUGACCGUUCGUUUCAGACUUUACGACUGGAGCUCGAGAUACGCGUUCGUGAGUUUUUCGCCGCCAACCUCGCCGGCAAGUUGCUACCAACGAACAUCGAUGAUUCCUGGAAACACCACCGGGCGAUGACCAACACAGCUCAGCAAGCCACGUCUGAUCUUGAAGACAGCUAUGUUGAUCAUGUUUUCGAAAACCUAGCUCAGAGCGGAAAGAUGUCCUGGACGAUCCAUUUCUUAUUUUCCGCAGCGGGCUUUCCGCAUAUCCUAAGGCGCUAUGUCAACGGGCGCCCUUUGAAACAUUCCGCACUCCUCAAAGCUAUAGCAGUAUUACAGACCACCAUCGACAACUACGUGACUUCAGUGCAAUCAGGAAGCAAACGUGAAGCCGAAGACCUCCAUGCUGAUGACAAGCGUGCCGCUCAGUCAUUUCUGCUUGGGACUUGUCUCAUUUCUCUCUAUGCGGAGACCAAUUUCCGGGAUAUGCCACAGCCUCUUCUCGAUCUUGCUCUCGCUCUGCGCCCUAUCCACGAUCUUUUCUUUCAUAUUGACUCUCCUCAUCCCUAUAAGAGAAUUCACGGCGUGUUACAGACCGUUUUGGGCUCGCCCCGCCUUGAAUUGGUCUACCGAGAAGUGUGGCAUGUAUCCAAAUGUUUGAACAAGCUCUUAUCUGACCCCGGGGGGUUGUCAGAUACCAGCCCGGAAGAUUGCGAAGGCGAACAGCUGCCAGUGCAGCCACUCCCCUUCUCUAUCCCACCGGAUGAACGCAAGGAAAAUAUGAACACAUUCGAAGCGGAAAAUGGGCACACAGGCUCAAUGCCAUCAAUUAUCGACACGGGCCUCUCUGGAACAAGUCCACCAUCAGCGUUGCCGCAUAUCUCGGGAGGUGACAAAAAGAAGGGAAUAGAAGUGGGCGUUCAUGAUUCAGCUCGUAACCGCCAGGAUUCCUUUCGUCUUACUGUGGGGAGAAUAUUUGACUCUGGAAAUUCUACCAAGGGCACUAAUCACGGCGAGGGAUAUGACAUGGUGUAG